AUGGAAAUCGAAUCCGUAAUUGAUCAAGCAGAUCCGCCCCCAACACUGAAUACACUGCCACUAGAGGUUCGAUUCAAGAUCUUCAAAGAGCUACUCAUCAAUCCUGUUCUAGGAGAAUUGAAAUCUAUUCUGGGAAACUAUCAAGUCCAGGCUCCAAAUGACGUUAUCAAAUAUCACCUGCAUCCUUGGAUUCUCAGAGUCUGUCGACAGAACUACGAGGAAGGAUGCGAGAUCUUGUAUUUUCAGCCAUUUUUCCUAUGCUAUAACAGACAAUUGUUAAAUAUGGGCCAUCCGGAAGUGGAUAAAAAUACAUUUACUCCUCUGUUGAGGUACGGUCCUUCAUACCGCCAAAAAGGCCUGGAUUGCGAAGAGAUCAAAGUCAUAACACAACCGGCAUUUAAGAAGGUUCGACAAUGGACAAUAAUCAUUAGCUCGUACACGAUUAGAAAGGCAAUAAGACCGGAACAGCUUGACGUCAUACUAUGGGACCUAGCCGUACCCGAAUAUGGCGAGGAACUUAUGAAGCCACGACAAACUUUUCUGCCUUUGAAAAUCCUUCGAAACGUAGGAAACUUAACUAUUAGGGAGGCGGCACUGGAUGAAUUCCCACCACCACGAAUUAAUAGUCGCUUUUCGCAACGCGACAGCAAACUGUUGCUCUCUUAUCCCGAUAAGUCGAACCUCUUAGACAAGAAGUUAUAUAAAAAGCUGAAGCGCUUAGUCGAGGGUAUUAGACCGGUCGAGAGGCUAUCUGAAAUGCACAGACAUCUCAUCAAUUUUGUACUGUCUUUCGAGAAUUUCGCUCCAUGGAAGCUAGACCUGAGAAAUGUGGGUGAAGAUAUAAUAGCAGUAGCUCAUAGUGGAAAAUGCGCCAUUUUGCGGGCGAGAAAAGCGUACAAUCGCAUUGUUGAUGCUUCUCGUGUCUUGGUAGCUGCCAUUGAAGAGGACAAAGACACCGACCGGGCUCUUAAUUUAGAUCCACGAGGAGGAUACUUUCAGACAUUUGAGGCUGCUAGACUAGUGAUUUUGAUCGAGAAGUAUGCUGCAGCUUUCAAACGUGAUCAGGAUGAGAGGACUGAAAUUGCGUUUCGGGUUAACAAGAGAGAAAUAAAGAGUUUUCGUAUGGAUCACCCAAGAGAAAUGAUGCUUCGAAGACUAGACAGAGCCUUUGAGCAUGAAAGAUGUGACUUGCUUAAAGACGCGUUCAAAGAUUUAUUGUGUGAUCUACAGGCUCAAUUCUCAGAAAUUAAGCAGACCUGGAGAUAUUUAUUCAAAAGCGAUACACAUGGAAAUACGAUGUGUCGUACAGAGUAUGAUAGCGAUAGUGAUAGUUUGGAUGGUAUGAUCGACUUGACAGUCUGA